GUUGCUCCCUGCCUCUCACCAGCAGUAAGGUUAAGCUUUAAGUUUGGCUUAUUGUUUAGAGGGUAAAAUUUCUUGGUGGUUUAUAAGAUGGGAGACGCAAUGCAUGAUCAGGAGGAAUUACCAAGGUUUAAAACUCCUGUAAUUCAUGACAAUCCUAAUGGUUGGGGCCCCUGUGAAAUGCCAGAUCAAUUUAAAGAUAUGCCCUAUCAGCCUUUUUCUAAAGGAGACCGUCUUGGAAAGAUUUCUGAUUGGACUGGGCCUACUUUUCAAGAUAAGAAAUAUACAAGCAAGUAUCAAUCCCAAUUUGGAGCUGGUAGUCAGUAUGCUUACUAUCAUGAAGAAGAUGAAAGUAGUUUCCACCUUGUUGACACAACUAGAGUUCAGAAACCUCCAUAUCAAAGAGGAAGAUUCAGGCAAAAUCAGAGGAACUUGAGGGGCCGUGGUGGGCAGAGACAAGGAUUUCUUUUUAGGGACCGUAAAGGUGUUGUGAAUACAAAAAAAUAUGGAAAACAACAAGGACUCCGAAAUCAGAAAAAUCAAGCUCCUAUUAAAAAUCGAGAUGCAAGUGUAACUGUUCGACCUGAUUGGGUAACAAUUGAAGAGAUGGAUUUCCCUCGUCUUUCAAAAUUAUCUUUACCUAAUGUUAAGGAAGCUGAAGAUAUAAUUUGUUGUGGUUCCUUGGAGUAUUAUGAUAAAAUGUAUGAUCGUGUGAAUGUAAGAAGUGAAAAACCAUUGCAAAGAAUCGACCGUAUUUUUCACACAGUCACAACUACUGAUGAUCCAAUCAUAAGAAAGUUGUCUAAAACUGAAGGAAAUGUGUAUGCAACUGAUGCAAUUCUGGCUACUUUAAUGUGUUGCACACGGUCAAAUUAUUCUUGGGAUAUUGUCAUUGAGAAAAUCGGAGAUAAGCUUUUCUUUGACAAAAGAGAUAAUACUGAAUUUGAUCUACUCACUGUUAAUGAAACAUCAGUUGAACCACCAAUGGAUGAUGGAAACAGCCUAAAUUCACCACGUAACUUGGCUUUAGAGGCAACUUUUAUCAACCAUAAUUUCUCCCAACAAGUUUUAAGAACAGGAGAACCACGCUAUAAGUUUGAUGAAUCUAAUCCAUUUAUCACAUCACCAGAGGAGGGCGAAGAAGCUUCAGUGGCCUACCGUUACAGAAAGUGGGACUUAGACAAUGGCAUUACUUUAGUUGCUAGGUGUGAACAUGAUGCUGCAUUGGCUGUUCCUUCUGGUGACGCUCAGUUCCUCACCAUCAAGGCACUUAAUGAAUGGGACUCCAAGCUGUCUGGAGGCGUUGAAUGGAGGCAAAAACUGGAUAUACAGCGUGGAGCUGUGUUGGCAAAUGAACUUAGAAACAAUGCUUGCAAGCUUGCUAAGUGGACAGUACAAGCAAUUUUGGCUGGAUCAGACCAAAUCAAAUUUGGUUAUGUUUCCCGAGUUCAUGUUAGAGAUUCUUCUAAACAUGUCAUCUUGGGCACUCAACAAUACAAGCCUGCUGAAUUUGCUACACAGAUUAAGCUAAAUAUGGAUAAUGCCUGGGGAAUACUGAGGUGUAUUAUUGAUAUAUGCAUGAAACAGAGGGACGGAAAAUAUUUAAUCAUGAAAGAUCCAAACAAGCCUCUUAUUCGUCUUUAUGACAUUCCUGAUAACACAUUUGAAUCUGAAAAUGAGGAUGCUGAGGAAGAGGAAGGUGGCCUCUACCUGAUGUAAUUUAAGAAGAAACAUAUUCUACUUUGUAUCUAUAUAUCACUCAAAUAGUUUAUAUGUAUAUGUGUUUAUAUGGUACACAUAUAUUAUGAAUAUUUGUGUUUGUAGUUUUCACAUGUUAUGUAUAUGUGUGUACAUAGUUUACACUUAUACAUGGUAAAAUCUGUUUUCCGUUUUAUAAAAAAGUUGAUACUGUUAAUAACAAGUUAAAAAAAGAUAAAUAUUUUAUGAUAAUUAAUUAUAUUAUUUUUUCUUCAACAACUUCCAGAAUAAAUAAUAUUCUAAAAUAUGAUAAAUGAAGACUGUUGUAUUUUAUCAUCCUCAAAAAAUACAUGUAGUGGUAUUAUUAUUUUUUUUUUUUUUUUACUUUUUUAGUUGGUAUGUUUAUUUAUUUCUGUUUGAAGCUCUAUUUAUGUUGUGGUAUGAUUUUUAAUUAUUUAUACAUCAUGUCAACAUUUAAAUUUUAAUAAGCAUUUGAAACUACAAAUUAGAUAUAUGUCAUUUCGUCGGUUUUUUGCAAAAAGUCACUAUUUAUAUUUUUGAUAGACUUAAAAUUAUAUGUACAUUUUUAAAUUUCCACCUCCUUAUCUUUUCAAAAAUACAGUACGUGCAUACAAGUAAGUGCAUCAAUAUGACACAAACCCUUUUAUAUAUCAAAUAUAAUUACCAUUAGUGUGCGAUUUUCUAAUUUAACAGAGGGAAAAUAUAUCUUAGUACAUGGUGAUUGAAUUUUAUGAAAUGUCACUUCAUGACUUUUUACAAUGAACCAACGAUAUAUUCAUCUUUAAUUAAUGAAGAAACAAUAUUUUUUUAUGUUUAGAACAAUUGAAGGAUUUGACCGAAUAACAGUUAAUAUGUAUUUUUCUUAUAACCAUUCCACAACAGUUGAGCUCUGUUUAGCAUAACAUACAUUUAUAAUUUUUUUCUUAGAAGUAACAUAUACCGCUAUUCACUCGAAUCCUUCAGUUGAGGUUUUAAUUAAAAUUGAAGAAUACUACAUCAUAAAUGUUCUAUGGAAUUGUCUUGGAUAAAAAAAUUAAUCAUUUUUAUGAUAAAUUUAAGUUUUGUAGACUUUUAAAUAUAAAUAAGUACGCAUUUCUUUUUGAAUAAAUAAAUACAUUUCUCUUAAUAAUUGGCUAUACAAUAAUUUUAGAUUAAUGAAAUGAUGAAGCACUUGAAAAUAGU